AUGUCUGCCAGACCACUUACCCAAUUCUCGUUUCGUUCUCAAAAGGAUUUGACAAUUUGGAAUGGCUAUCCUGAGCUAAAGCCUACCAGCCAAUUCGCAAAACCAGAAGCAGCCGCUCGUAUGUUCCUGUACAGUAAACAUGGUCAUGCCUACGCUUACUCCACCAAUCAAUGUGUGAAAGUGUUUGAUGCCAACAGUCUGGAACCACGAUGCGAAAUUAAAAGAGAGAACGUGAUCGACUUUUGGUUCUCACCUCAAGGAAGUUAUGUUGCCACUUGGGAACGUCCCUCCAAGCGAGAAGAUGGUUCUGCAAACAACAACUUGACCAUUUGGGAUGCAAAGACAGGGCAGGAAAUUGCAGCUUUCAGCCAAAAAGCUCAAAAUAACUGGAAUUUUCAGUGGACAGACGAUGAAAAAUACUGCGCUCGUAUGGUCACUGGUGAACUUCAUUUUUGGGAAAGUAGAAAUGUUGGCAAAGCUGUAUGGGCCAGACUUCAAAUCGAAGGUAUUGCUCAGUUUUCAUUAAGUCCAGGCAAAUCUCCCGCUGUUGCAGUAUUUGUGCCUGAAAAGAAGGGCGCUCCAGGCGUUGUUCGUAUGUAUAGUGUUCCCAACUUUAAGUCACCACUCUCGAGCAAGACAUUCUUCAAGGCAGACAGCGUGACGCUCUAUUGGAACGAUUUGGGUACUAAUCUCCUUGUGUUAACACACACUGAUGUGGACAAGUCUAACAAAUCAUACUAUGGCGAAACAAACCUUUACUACCUUGCCGUCGCUGGCAAUUUUGACUGUCGCGUGCCUCUUGACAAGGAAGGUCCUGUUCACGAUGUUACUUGGGGACCUGAUUCAAAAGAAUUUAUUGUCAUCUACGGUUCUAUGCCUGCCAAGGCUACUUUAUUUGACCAUAGAGCAAAGCCUGUUCAUGACUUUGGUAUCAAUCCUCGUAACUUUGUUCGAUAUAAUCCUCAAGGACGUACUAUUUGUAUUGCUGGUUUUGGAAACUUGAACGGUACUGUCGAUCUUUGGGACAGAAAGACGUUGAAAAAGCUUAAUACCUUCUCUGCAUCCAACGCCUCUCACUGCGAAUGGUCUCCCUGUGGUCGAUUCCUACUGACUGCUACCAUGACGCCACGUCUUCGUGUCGACAACGGAUUCAAGUUGUGGCAUCAAUCGGGCACAUUAGUGUAUGAAGAGGAAAUCGAAGAGCUCUAUCAAAUUUCAUAUCGUCCUCAACCUGUAGCACUUUUCCCCAUGCGAUCUAUGUCGCCUCCACCUACACCCGUCAAGAUACUUCCAUCCAAGACAAGCGCAGCCAAGACAACAGCAAUUCCUUCGGGAGCUUAUAGACCACCUCAUCUUCGUGGUGGUGGUAAACCUAUGUCACUUUCUGAACGUGCGGCUGCCUUGAAUGGUGUUGGCAAGGGCGCACCUUCCCAGAGAAAAGUUGUUGGUGCUCCCGUAGGUGGAAAACCAAAGAAAAACAACAACCAAAAGAAAGAGUCCAAGAACGAGUCAGAGAAUAACUCAACUACGGGUGAUGCUGCAUUAUCGACUGAAGAUAAACAAAAGAAGAUCCGUAACCUGGAAAAGAAACUUAGACAAAUUGCAGAAUUAAAAGAGAAAAUGGGUCGUGGAGAAGAGUUGGCCCCUGCUCAGCAACAAAAGGUUGCCAGUGAAGUGUCUAUCUUAAGGGAGAUUGCCAACCUGCGUCUCUAG